AUGAAAAAGCAAAUUUAUUCGAAGGAAGAUCUUGGAACAAUAGAACUUACACAAACUAUAGGAUUUAGUAGUGUUCCAGAUUUAAUACGCACUAAGAGCAUAGAAGAUGGAUUUGAAAUAAAUGUUCUUGUUACUGGUAGAAGGGGCUUAGGUGCCUCGACACUUAUAAAUUCUUUAUUCGGUGCACCAAUUAUUUCAAAAACAAGAUCUAAUGGAUUAACAGUCACUAAAAAUGAAAUAGUAGAAAAUGGAAUAUCGCUUGAAACUACUACAGUAACAUAUCAUUCUGAUAAUAUUAAUCCUCUUAUUGAGUACAUUAAUAAACUUAAUAAUGAAUAUUUUGAAAAUGAACAAGGACCAUAUAGAAUACAUAAAGACACAAGAAUACAUGUUUGUCUUUAUCUUAUUCCUUCUGAUCAUUUGACAGAUAAUGAAUUAGAUUUUAUGAAAAAAUUAAGCCAUAAAGUAAAUUUUAUACCUGUUAUUCCUAAAGCUGAUAUGUAUACUAGUGAAGAAUUAACACAGAGAAAACUUGUAGUACAUAAUCUUUUACAAGAUUAUAAUAUUAACAUUUUUAAGUGUCCACACAAGGAACUAGCCGAGUCAGAUGUAGAAGAUACAGAUAUUCCAAUCUAUGCUGUCAUAGCCAGUGAGACAGUAUAUGAAAUAAAUGGCGACAUUAUUAGAGGAAGGCAGUAUCCUUGGGGAUUUAUUGAUAUAGACAAAGAAGAAGGAAAUGAUUUUAAAUGUUUACAAAGACUUUUAAUAUACAAACAUUUUGAUGAAUUAAUAAACAGAACACAUAUAAGAUUUUAUAAUGAAUAUAGAAAAGAUAUUCUUGAUUAUGAAAGAAAUAAUGAAAUGUCACAGGUAACUAGAUACCAAAAAUUAAAAAAUGCACUUGAAAAUAUUCUUAAAGAAAAAACACAAAAGUGUUUAGUCGCUUUACAAGAAGAGGAGGCCUUGCUAGAUGAAAUGAUUAUUAAAAUGUCUGUAGCAGAGGAACCAGUAGGAAAUAUUCAAAAUGCUUUAAAUGCAGCGUAA